AUGCGGGUGUGUUUGGCCAAGCUCAUACAUAAAUUUGAGUUUACCUUGGCGCAAACACCCACACUGGACUACUAUUUAUGCAACCCAUUAAUGGGACCUAAAAGGUUGCAACGCCGGGUGUUUUUGCCAUCCAUUAAUCGUCCCCUUAACCAAAGUGUAGGCCACGUACAGGACCCCGGUACUGUGGCUGUCUGUACCGGUCACGAUUCUGGGUAUGGGAGUAGUCCCUACCAUACGCCCUACCUACUCCAAAUGCUGAAUCAAUAUUCAGCACCAGGUGUUAGUCAUUUAGACUACCUAUCCAAAAUGCUGACCCAGGACAGGACCACGGUGGACAGUCUGUCUGUAUUUGAGAUCACUCCUGUCCCUUGUAAUGGCGAACCCUUUACGGUAGCCAUACUGGGCCUCAACGAUCAAAGUUAUCCGGGA